AUGGCGUACCCUGCCUCUGAUAUCAAUACCACUCACAGUCAAAGCCUAAUUGCCACUCUUCACUUCGCGCAGCAGGCCCCUCUAAUCUUGAACCAGAAACUCCAUUUGGGCGAGAACCCCCUAUUUUCUCUCGUCUCGAAGAAGGAAACAUUCGAUGAAUAUGGCACAAUCGAGCAACUGUUCUUCUCUUGCCUGCAAUCCGGUGAUGUUAAAUCAGCUCUGGUGUGCCUCGAUCAGCUAAGACUACGGUUUGGCUCGUCAAAUGAAAGGGUAAUGGGACUUGCGGGACUUUACGAGGAGGCAGUAGCCGAGAAUCAGUCUAGCCUUGAAGAAUGUCUGCAGAAUUACGAUAAUCUGCUCUCAGAAAACCCGGUCAACCUGCCCAUUCUAAAACGCCGAGUCACCCUCUUAAAGUCACUGGGCAGACCUGCCCUUGCUAUUACUAGCUUGGUAGAUUUCCUGAAGGCUGUCCCCACGGAUGCGGAGGCCUGGUGUGAACUAGCGGAGUUAUAUCAGUCUCAAGGGUUGUCCUCACAAGCAGUAUUUAGCCUCGAGGAAGCUUUAUUGAUAGCACCUAAUGCGUGGAACAUCCAUGCCCGGCUGGGUGAAUUGCUGUAUAUCGACGCAUGUUCAUCGGCCACAGAAGAUUCCACUCGGGGCUUAUACCGAUCGACGCAGUACUUUUGCAGAAGCAUUGAGCUUUGUCAAGAUUAUCUAAGAGGACUUUACGGCUUGACUCUGGUAACAUCGACUUUGCUUGGGAGAGAUGAUGUGAAAGAUAAUUCAGAGGGCGCCCGGUCAAUCACGGUAGAAGACGGCCCGCCUUCAAAAGACACUAUUCGGAGAUUGAAUGUCUUUGCAAAACGAGGACUAGAGGCCGUUCUCAGUAAAAGGCCAAUGGACCAUACUCUUUGGGAUUAUGGCCAAGGCGAGCUCAUUGCGGCGAAAGAAUUGAUCAGUAGGAUGUCGGGAUCUGGUUAA